UGACUCUCUGGUUUGUCUGUUGUCAUCUUAAUUUUUGUUUCUUUUAAUCACAAUUUAUUUAAUUAAUUGUUCUUUCCGAUUGUUAUUUCCAUUAAUUGGAGCAGUAGAUUACUGUUGAACGUUUAUCUAUAAGUUAAUUACCAUUUGUGACAUUUUUAGGAAAGGAACAGUUCGUUGAGAGAAAUUGUUUUUUUUUCUUUACCAUAUUUAUAGUUGUUUUCACUUCUCUCUCUUUACACUUUGGCCUCUUCUUUAAUUUAAUUGGAGAGAAACCAAGAUUGACCUUUUUUCUUUUAUAAUUUUUCCCUAUUUAUGCUCUUUGUUUUGACCAAAUCUGCUGAAAAGCUUCCUCUAAAUAAGGAGAGGCAUAUGGCACCUUUAAUCAAAUUUGAAACUCAAUCGGCUCGAGUUAAAGGUUUAUCAUUCCAUCACAAACGACCAUGGAUUCUUGCUGCUCUUCACAAUGGUGUUAUUCAACUCUGGGAUUACCGAGUUAGCACUUUAAUUGAUAAAUUUGAUGAACAUGAAGGACCAGUCCGAGGUAUUUGUUUCCAUAGUCAACAGCCUUUAUUUGUCUCUGGUGGUGAUGAUUACAAAAUAAAGGUUUGGAAUUACAAGACAAGGCGGUGUCUCUUCACUCUUCUUGGUCAUUUGGAUUACAUUAGAACAACUUUCUUCCAUCAUGAGUAUCCAUGGAUUCUUAGUGCCUCGGAUGAUCAAACAAUCCGUAUUUGGAAUUGGCAGUCACGUACCUGUAUCUCUGUUUUAACAGGUCACAAUCACUAUGUAAUGUGUGCUCAAUUUCAUCCUACUGAGGAUCUUGUUGUUUCAGCUUCACUUGACCAAACUGUCCGUGUUUGGGAUAUUUCAGGAUUGAGAAAGAAAAAUGUUGCUCCAGGACCGGGAGGCCUUGAUGAAUCAAUGAAAGGUCCAGGUCAUACUGAUCUUUUCGGUCAGUCAGAUGCUAUUGUUAAACAUGUUCUAGAAGGACAUGAGAGAGGUGUUAAUUGGGCUACUUUCCAUCCAACAUUACCUUUAAUUGUUUCCGGUGCUGAUGAUAGAGUCCUCAGAAUUUGGCGUAUUAAUGAUACUAAAGGAUGGGAAGUUGAUACUUGUAGAUCUCAUUACAAUAAUGUUUCUUGUGUCGUUUUCCAUGCAAAAGCUGACCUGAUUGUGUCCAAUUCAGAGGAUAAAAGUUUAAGAAUAUGGGAUUUAAACAAGCGAACCUUAUUACACACCUACCGAAGGGAACACGAUCGUUUCUGGAUUAUCGCCACUCACCCAACACAAAAUCUUCUAGCCGCUGGUCAUGAUAGUGGCAUGUUCUUAUUUAAAACAGCUAAAGAGAGACCGGCUUACACUUUGCAUGGCAAUUUCUUGUAUUAUGUGAAAGAUCUUUACCUUCGUCGUCUCGAUUUUACAACAUUCAAAGAUAUUCCCAUCUUGAAGCUUCGACCAACUCAACGAGGUCGACUCUCUACUCUCUCUUACAAUCCCGCCGAAAACGCUAUGUUGGUAUCGAGUCAAGGAGCACAAAUUGAACAUUCUUAUCAUGAUCUUUACAUUUUACCCAAAGACAUUGAUCCAAAUAAUGUAGUAAUGGGAGAGUGUAAAAGGUUUGCUGGAACAUCAGCUUAUUGGGUUGCUCGUAAUCGAUUCGCAGUUCUAGAUGUUCAUAAAAAUGUUUGCAUUAAGAACAUGGAAAAUCAAGUGGUCAAGAAACUCACAUUGGUCACUGCAACCGAUGAUAUCUUUUUCUCUGGAACUGGAACAGUUUUGAUCAAAACAGCAAAUGAUAUCCUUUACGAUGUCCAGCAAAGUCGAGCCAUCGCAACAGCCAAAGUGACCGGAGUUAAACAUGUUGUCUGGAAUGCUGAUAUGUCAUAUGUAGCUCUAUUAUCGCGUAAUUCAGUAAUCAUUGUUAAUCGUAAAUUUGACAAUCAAUGUUCAAUCAAUGAGACUACACCGGUUAAAAGUGGCACUUGGGAUGAUUCUGGUGUUUUCAUUUAUACCACCGCCAAUCAUAUUAAAUAUGCUCUCAUUAAUGGUGAUCAUGGUAUCAUUCGUACUCUUGAUUUGCCAAUUUAUCUAACUAAAGUUAAGGAUAACUCUGUUUACUGUUUAAGUCGUGAAUGUGUUUCCAAAAAGUUAUCCAUUGAUUCAACCGAAUUCCGUUUCAAGUUGGCAUUAGUUAAUCGCCAUUACGAUGAAGUUCUUCAUAUGGUUCGAACAAGUAAAUUAAUUGGUCAAUCAAUUAUCGCCUACCUUCAGAAGAAAGGUUAUCCGGAAGUUGCCUUACACUUUGUUAAAGAUGAAAAGACUCGAUUUGCCUUGGCACUUGAAUGUGGUAAUAUUGAGAUCGCAACUGAGGCUGCACGUAAAUUGGACGAUAAAACAUGUUGGGAGAAAUUAGCUGAAUCUGCUCUUCUUCAGGGUAAUCAUCAAGUGGUCGAAAUGGCUUAUCAGAGGAUCAAAAAUUUCGACAAACUCGCUUUUCUCUAUUUGAUUACCGGUAACCUGGAAAAGCUUCGGAAAAUGAUGAAAAUUGCCGAGAUUCGUAAAGAUUCAUCGGCACAAUUUCAAAUUGCUCUUUUCCUUGGUGAUGUUCAAGAAAGAGUCAAAAUGAUUAAAAAUUGUGGUCAAGCUUCACUUGCCUAUUUGUGUGCUGCUACCCAUGGAUUAACUGACCAGGCUGAUGAGAUUGCUCGUAAUUUGAAAAAUAGUCAACAAUUACCUAAACCCGAUCCAAAUGCUGACCUGUUACAACCUCCAGUUCCAAUUGAACAUUGUGAAGAUAACUGGCCACUCUUAACGGUUUCCAAAGGUUUCUUUGAAGGUGCAAUGGCCGCUACCAAGGGUAAAGCGGGUAACUUGACAUCUCCGGUUGACAUAAAUGAAGAUGAUGUUAUUGGUGCAGGUUGGGGAGAUGAUGAUGAUUUGAUGUUGGAUGAAAGUGGUGAUGGUAAACCAGCCGAGGAAAAAUUAGACCUAGAAGAAGGUGACGCUGGUUGGGAUGUGGAAGAUACAGAUUUAGAAUUACCCGAUGUUGAACCCGGUGAAGAAUCUAAAAGUGGUGAUAGUUAUUUUGUCGCACCCACUCAUGGUGUCCCAUUAACCCAAUCCUGGUUAAACAAUUCGAAACUUGCAAUCGAUCACAUCUCCGCUGGAUCAUUUGAAACUGCUUUCAGAUUGUUAAAUGAUCAAAUAGGAGCAGUUAACUUUGAACCAUUGAAACAAUCAGUUGUAACCUUUUACACUCGAUCACGAACCGCAUAUUCUGGACUUUGUUAUUUAACCUCAAUGUACAAUUACCCUCAGCGUAAUUGGAGAGAUGCCGGAGCCAAAGGAGGUUUACCAAUUCUUCCCGUAAAACUUGCCGACCUUUUCCAACGUCUUCAAGCGGCCUAUUCACUGACCCAUGCAGGUAAAUUUGUGGAUGCGAUUGAGAAAUUCCGAUCAAUUUUAUUACAAAUCACAUUUUUAGUAGUUGAAGGUGAUCAAGAAAUCAGUGAGGCUAAACAGUUAUUAGAAAUAUGUAAAGAGUAUGUUCUUGGAUUACAACUUGAAACUGAACGAAAAGCAAUGGCCAAGGAGACAUUAGAUCAACAGAAACGAUCUUGUGAAAUGGCCGCUUACUUUACCCACAGUAAAUUACAGCCUGUUCACACCAUAUUGACCCUUCGGACAGCAGCCAAUCUAUUUUUUAAAUUGAAAAAUUACAAAACCGCUGCAUCGUUUGCUAAAAGGUUACUUGAAUUGGGACCCAAGCCUGAUGUUGCCGCUCAGGUUAAAAAGUUAUUACAAUUAGCGGAGAAAAAUCCAAAUGAUGAAUACCGUCUAGAAUACGAUGAACAUAAUCCCUUCGUUAUCUGUGGCUACUCUUAUAAACCAAUUUAUCGAGGUAAACCGGAAGUAAAGUGUCCCUUCUGUAGUGCUUCCUAUUUACCUGAAUUUAAGGGUAAAUUAUGCAAAAUUUGUACCAUCUCAGCAAUCGAUAGACAAGCAACCGGAUUGAGAAUAUCAUUACAAGGAGGAGGUCGAACUGGUUAUUAGGUUAUUAAUAAUAAUAUAUAAUUACAAUUAAAAACAAUUAUUAUUCAUUUACUAUUAUAUUGCUAAAUCAACAAAGAGAGACCAAUAAACAAAACCUAAAUACAAAUCAAUACAUUUAAAAACAAGAAGAAAAAAAAAGUCAAAUCAUUAAACAACUUUGUCUAUGAUUUGUAUCAACGUUUUUACAAUUUGUCUGUUCCCUUGUAAUUAAACUUUAAUUAAACAAUUAAGAUUAUUUACAAA